UGUGGUGAGUGGACAGCGAGCCUGUCCAGCUUGCUAAGGGCAAAGCAUGGAGUCGGUCAGCGUCUCAGCAUCCUCCUCCUCCUUGGAAGGAGACGUGGUGGUGGUGGUGGUGGUGGUGGUCUUCUGAGCCUGGGAUGUGAGCAGAUCCUGAGGCUGAUCAGACAGCAAGAGUUUGCCAUGGAGUUCCGAAUAGUUGUCCUGCUUGCGCUCUCUCUCUGGAUUUGGGGGCCGGCCUCUUCCGAACUGGUCUCUUCUUGUUCCUCGUCUCCAUGUACGAACGGAGGGACCUGCCAUGACCUGGAGAGCGGCUACAGGUGUGCCUGUCCCCAGAGCCCCUUGGCAUACGUGGGGAAAGACUGCGAGUUCCUCUACGACGCCUGCGCAGGACACUCCUGCCCGCCCGAGUGGAGCUGCUCCGGGUCGCCCGGCUACUUGAACUACUCUUGCCACUGCCGGCCGGACUCGCUCGGAACCGACUGCAGCAUCCAAGGCGACGAGUGCGAGCGCAGCCCUUGCCCGGAGCCUCACCUGGAUUGUGUGCCGCUGCCCAACGGCUACGGCUGCCAAUGCGCGAGUGGGGAGAGCUGCCAAAGCGGGACGCCGGCUUGCUCCAGCCAGCCCUGCCAGAACAACGGGAGCUGCUCCGAGCACGCGGGGGGCUACGCGUGCGAGUGCCAGCCCGGCUACGGCGGGCCCCAGUGCGAGGAGGACCUGGACGAAUGUGCCUCGGCCCCGUGCCAGAACGGGGCCAUCUGCCUCGACAGGGUGGACGAGUACAGCUGCUUCUGCGUGCCCGGCUUCCAAGGCUACCACUGCGAGAUCGACAUCAACGAAUGUGCCUCCCGGCCUUGCCAACACAACAGCACCUGCCUCAACCUGAUGGACCACUACCUUUGCCAGUGCCUGCCCGGCUACACAGGUAUGAAUUGUGACGUGGAGAUCGACGAAUGUGAAUCUGCACCUUGCUGGCACGGUGGCACCUGCAGCGACCACGUUGGGUUUUUCACCUGUUCCUGCCUGCCGGGGUACGAGGGCGAGCAGUGCGAAGUGGAUAUCGAUGAGUGCCAGAGCCAGCCCUGCCUCCACGGAGGCGCGUGCCACGACCUUGUAGACGGCUACGAGUGCGACUGCCUCAACACGGGCUUCGAAGGGCCGAGCUGUGAGCUGGACGUCUUGGAGUGUGCCUCCCAGCCUUGCCAGAACGGGGCUUCCUGCCUAGAAGGUGUGGGGCGCUACAGCUGCGCUUGCUGGCCAGGAUACGUGGGGGACCACUGUGAGGAAGAUGAGGAUGAGUGUGCCCAGGAGCCCUGCCUGAACGGCGGCCAAUGCUUUGAGCGGUCCAACCAGAGCUAUUACGGAGAACGCGAGGGCUUCCCUGCGGAGUUCAGUUACCAGGAGGCUGCUGGGUUCAUCUGUGGGUGCCAGCCUGGCUUUGAAGGAGAGAUCUGCUCCGUCAACGUGGACGAAUGCACAUCCCAACCCUGCCAGAAUGGAGGAAGCUGUGUGGAUCUGGUGAAUAGCUACGAGUGUCACUGCCUCCCAGGAUACUCCGGUGUGGAAUGUGCCACUGACAUCGACGAGUGUGAAGGGCACCCGUGUGAAAACGGGGGUGCCUGCGAAGACGGCGUUGCCGACUACAUCUGCCAUUGCACCCCAGGACCGGACGGCACCGCUUGGGGUGGGAAGAACUGCUCUGUGGAGCUCACCGGCUGCCAGAACCACAGCUGCCAAAACGAGGCCUUGUGCACCCCCACCUACCAGUCCGGGAUCCACGGACACCUGUGUCAGUGCCGCCCCGGGUUCUACGGCCCGACCUGCGCCAUGCCGACCACCUUCUCCUUCACAUCACGGGUCUAUCUCUUCAUCAACCUGUCUGCAAACAGCGAGAGCAAAAGCAGCGUCGCGGGAAGUCACGUCUCCAGCGUGGCUCUCCGCUUCCGGACCACCUUGCCGGAUGCCGUCCUCUUCUACCGAGGACACCAGGCAGAACACCUCUACCUAGAGCUCUCUGGCGGUCUUCUGAAAGUGACGCUUUCAGUACAGGAAGCCACAAUGUCGUUCACCUUGGCAGGGCCACAGGUAGAUGAUGGCCACUGGCACAAGGCUGAAGUCCUUCUGCACGACUCCCUUGAGCUCCGGCUGUGGCACGAAUCCUGCGAGGCCGGCGUCUGCUUGAUCAGCCACCCGCUUGAAGAGACGUCCCUGGCUUCCUCCCUGCCCUCCCUUUUGCAGAUAUAUAUCGGGGGAGUUGAAGAGAAAUUAAUGGCCAACCCUACCCAGAAUUUCAUUGGUUGCCUCGAAGACUUGUGGAUUGAUUCCAGGGUGGUCCUACCACAGGAAGUGGCUGGACUCCAAUCCUCCGGCUUCCGGCUGGGCUGCGAGAGGACGGAGUGGUGUCUCUCUGAUCCUUGUUUACAUGGCGGCCAGUGCAUUGAUCUCUGGGCGGACUUUCGCUGUCACUGUCCUCGGCCGUAUGAAGGCCGCACGUGCUCCUAUGAGUCUCCUGCAGCAACAUUUGGGCAAGACAACUCCUCGAGUGUGGCUACUUUUGUGAUUCACAACAACCCUGGAGCAAACUUUAACCUUUCCUUUUUCAUCCGAACUCUGAAGCCUAGCGGUUUGGUCGUCCAAAUCAGCAAUGGGAGCGAUCCUUUCCUAACUGUGUACCUGAAGGAUGGAAAGCUCCAGGUGGAGGUGCCAGCGGUUGCUCCCAUUGGUCCACCUGGACACCUGGCUGAUGGCCUGAGACACUUUGUGAUGCUCUCCUUCCUUGACGGUGUUGUGUAUUCCAGCCUGUUGAACACAGAGGAGGAGCUGGGACCUCUGUUGAUGACUCCUCUCACUGCUGGCCUUGAGAUUCAUGUGGGUGGACUCCAGGACGCAGAUGGCACCAGCCCAUGGGGAGGCCAUUUUAAAGGCUGCCUUCAAGAUGUCCAGCUCAAUCACCACCAGAUGGAGUUCUUCCCCCAUUUAGACCCAAACAGGAGCGUUUCGCCAGAGGUGCACCUGGGACAGGUCACCAGCGUUGGCCUGGGAUGCAUCUCCGAUGAUACCUGCAAGCCUGGGCCAUGCCUGAACGGGGGACACUGUGCCGUCACCUGGAAUGACUUCAACUGCAGCUGCCCGGCCAACUUCACCGGGAAACGCUGUGAGGAGAGGAUCUGGUGCAAAAGCGAUCCGUGCCCACAAGCCACCACUUGCAUCGAUGUUGCCUUUGGCUUUGUCUGUCUGGCUAGCGUCACCUUCCUUGAGCACAAUGCUGUUGAGUUCACCGCCAAUGCCACCAUUGCCAGAGCUCUCCACAGCCUGUGCUUGGACUUCAGGACACGGGACGAAGACGCCGUUUUGCUCCGGGCGGCGGAAGAGGUGGACUCUCUCGUGGUGGCCGUCCAGAACUCCUCCCUCUUGGUGGAGAUCAGGAGCGGGAACGGCGUGGAGGGAGCCAAUUUCCUGAGCGAGGUGUCCGUCUCCGAUGGUUCUUGGCACACGCUCACGCUCUCCAUGGAAGACCCCCUGGCCCUCUCGUCAAGGUGGCACCUCCGUUUGGACCAGUCCGCGAAUGCCACCCUCGAGGGGAAUGCUGGGAAUCUGGACUUCCUGAGAAGCAAGACAGUGAUCGUUCUGGGUGAGAACUUCACUGGCUGCCUUGGGCACGCAGACAUCGGCGGGGUGCUUCUGCCCCUGGCCGUCCCCAUCAGUUACCCGCAGCCCGAGCAGUUCCUGCGCAUGCAGAGUGGGGAGACCCUCCUCGGCUGCAAAGGAGUGGACGUCUGUUCCUCCGGCCCGUGCCGCCACGGUGGCUCCUGCCAGGACCUCUUCAACGCCUUCAGCUGUGCCUGCGGCCCUGGGUGGGAGGGCCCGCUUUGCGAGGCCAACAUCGACGACUGCACCCCCGACCCCUGUAUUCACGGGGAGUGCAUGGACGAGGUGGGGGACUUCCAGUGCGAUUGCCACAAGGGAUACAUCGGGAAGCGCUGCCAGAUCAACGUGGACGACUGCGUGAGGCACAAGUGCCAGAACGGAGCCACCUGCAUCGACGAAGUCUACAGCUACUCCUGCAAGUGUCCACCACAGUUCACCGGACCCUUCUGCGAGUGGCCGUUCCCUCCUGAAGAAUGUGGCAAGAACUUCACCUGCCUGAACGGGGGCAAAUGCAUCAGCGGGCCCUGGGGAGCCAACUGCACCUGCAAGCCAGGCUACACGGGAAGAAAAUGCCAGAUCAACAUCAACGACUGCGACCCCAACCCCUGCCAGAAUGGAGGCACCUGCCAGGAUUCGGUGAACCGGUACCGGUGUCUGUGCAGCGCCAGCUACACUGGAGAGCGCUGCGAUGUUGAUAGAGGGACUCUCCCGGGCGCUCUCUUCCCGUUCCCAUUAAUUGAAGUAGCCGUGCCUGUGGCCUGCGGUUGCUUGCUGCUACUCAUUAUUAUCCUCGUCCUUAUGAUUCUCACGGCCCGGAAGAGGCGCCAGUCCGAAGGGACCUACAGCCCAAGCCAGCAGGAGGUGGCCGGAGCCCGGCUGGAGAUGGACAGUGUCUUAAAGGUGCCGCCGGAGGAGCGCUUGAUAUAGGCACGGCCCAAGGGAGGCAAGGAAGUGCCUUCGCAGAGCCUGCGCUGAAACGCUGGACUUCGGUCUCAGGCUGCGCGCUGCUCUCGCUCGCCUUGCCAAGCUCCUUCCAAAGGCCGAGGAGAGCAGUGGUGACGCAAGCACAUUUGAGUGGCCGGGCCACCCUUGCCCUUGGACGUAGCUGCAGCCCUUCCUCAGUUAGAUAGGCAGCCCCCAAACCCAACCCACCCCAGCCGCCCCUCAACAUGUCUUUGGAAACACUGCUUUAACGGGCCGCAGGUUGGGCUGCCUUGGCUUGACCGUUUUCCUAAGGCCACCUUCCAACAGCAACAGCAUGGAUGACCCUGCCUCCCAGUUAGAGAAUCCCCUGGAAACAUGUGUACAGACAUUUCCUUUUAUGAAGCAGCCCCUCAAUCUGGGGUGGACGAUUCUGUCAUUUGUCGAGGGGCCUUGUUCUCAUUCAGUGGCCCACCAGGGGAGGGGAAAUGGCCACAGGAGGGUGGUUCCUGGCCCCUUGAGGAAGCCUGAGGUGGACAGAGAAGCCACGUCUGCUCUCACUUGCUUCCACCACUUGAACAUAGAAGGUCUUAACAGCCAGCGGCACUGCUGCUCCCGUGCCAAAUAGCAUCCUUUAAUCUCCUUGACUGAUUUUCUAUCUGUGGGUACUCCUUAGUGGGAUGAGAGCGUGCCUUGCGGCCUGAGCCGCUGUCUGUCCUGAGAGGUCAGUAACUUCUUGUUCCACCGCAGCGACCAGCCUGGGCCCAAGUCAGCAGCUCCACCCUGGUGGGAGCCGUGGGAGCGGCCGGAGCGGCUGUGCUUGUGGCCAUCUUCGGCAUCUC